UGGUGUGGAGGCGCUGUCGCUGGCGUAUUAAAUUACUCAAAACAUGUAACAGAAAAUAUAAAACGGAACCCAGAAGUCACCCCGAAGAGAUUUUUGCUUGUUUAUUUUUGUUUUUGUUUCCACGAGGCCUGCGAAUGGCGAGCGCGAGCGCGGACUGAGUCUCAGAGAAGAAAGUGCCAGUCGGCUGCACCAUGCAGGGAAACCGAGGCCAUUGCCGUCUUCCCCAUUUAUUGACGCCGUCCAGUGGAUCAGCACCUUACGCGAUGACCCGGGUUGUACCUGUCAGAUCUCCUCCCCCUCUUAAAGCCUUGCCUCCAGCACCAGCACGCCCAAAAUCGCUGUCUCCACCUCCGACACGACCACCUGCCACUCGCCCCCCAGAGGUCCACAAUCGGCGGCAGAUGAGGAACACAUACAUCUGCACUGGAGUGUGUUUUGGCACGUUCUUCCUUGUGCUCAUCCUCGUCCUUAGUCUGAGCUCCAGCCAAGUUUUCGAUGAGAACUGUCCUGACCACAACCUGACGCUGAGUAACUGGAACCCGGGUCAAAACCCAAAAAAGGCUGUGGUGGUACAGAAUGGACAACGACUCAAACUGAUUGCAUCAGCAACCCUUCACUCUCUCACUAUCCAAUCAGGAGGGUUAGUGGUGUUUGCUGAUAACAAGGAAGGCACGAACAACAUUACUCUACGAGUACACUUUGUUUUAAUUGAAGCAGGGGGUGCCUUUCACAUCGGUGCCCCGAAGUGUCGCUAUCGUUCCCGUGCCACUAUCACGCUGCUGGGCCGCUCAGACGAUGCCUCCGUAUCUCCCAUGCCCAAUUUCGGACGCAAGUUCAUUGGCGUGCGUCCUGGUGGCACUCUGGAGCUCUACGGCAUGCAGAAGCCAUCCUGGACUCUACUGAUGCGUACCAUACCUGCCACUGGCCUGGCAGCUGGCAGCUACACCUUCCAGAAGAACUUCAGCCGGGGAAUCAACCUUCGCGUGGUGGACCAAGACACGGGCGCUUUGCUAAGCACCGAACGCUUUGACACACACGACUCGCAGAACGACAGCAGGAAGCUGUCCCAGAUGCUGCGGUCGCUGCCACAAGGGCGCAUUGUUGCUCUCGCUGUGGGUGACUCGGCUGCCAAGAACCUUCUGGACGAGACCAAGAUGACCAUCCAGGACCUUCUGGGCAGCUACCAUGUUUAUGAGCUUAAAUACAGGCAGGCCUGGGCACUGGUGUCUGUGGUCGGUGGAGGGAACAGCUCAUGCUCAGAGCAAGUACGUGAACACGAGAACCACGACACUGGGGGGAAGGCGAUGGCUCGGCUAGAAUUCGUCACAGUGGACGGCGUGCGGUUCUUUGUGUCUGCAUACAGCGAGUGGUGGAACGGUUACCCCAUAUCAGGAUUUCAGGUGGAUGUGGUGGACCAGGUGAUUCUGAAUGUGCAGGACGACGUGAGCAGCUGGAGGCCAGGAGACAGGAUUGUGGUCGCUAGUACUGAUUAUUCCAUGUACCAGGCUGAAGAGUUCACACUGUUGCCCUGCUCCCACUGCACCAAAACACAGCUCCGGAUACAAGGGAAGCCUCAGUUCACUCACAUGGGCGAGAUCGUAGACGGAGUGGACAUGCGCGCUGAGGUGGCUCUGCUCUCCAGGAAUAUCUUGAUCCAUGGAGAAAUGGAGAACUCCUGCUACAGCAACAACUGGUGUCAGUUCUACACCCACGACACCUUUGGAGGACACAUCAAGAUCCUGGGAAAUUUCUCCUCAGUGCACAUGUCUCAGGUGGAGCUGAAGCACAUGGGUCAGCAGGCGGAGAGAGACAGUCAUCCAGUCCACUUCCACAUGUGCGGUGACGUGGACGAGGGCCGCACCUACCUGGACUCGCUCUCCAUCCACCACUCGUUUUCCCGCUGUGUCUCCAUCCAUGCCACCAAUGGCCUGCUGGUAAGGGACACUGUAGGAUACGACACGCUGGGCCACUGUUUCUUCCUGGCGGACGGAAUCGAGCAGAGGAACACGUUUUACCAUAACCUGGGAUUAGUGACGAGGCCGGGGACCAUCCUGCCCACCGAGCGCAAUGACACCAUGUGCACCAAAAUAAGAGACCGAGUGCAUGGCGGAUACACGCCUUCACCAGCCACUGAGUGCAAGGCCGUGUCUACGUUUUGGAUUGCGAACCCAAACAACAACCUGAUCAACAAUGCAGCCGCUGGCUCCCAGGAUGCAGGAAUUUGGUACAUCUUUCACAAUUCCUCGACAGGAGACUCUCAUGGGCUUGUACCUGAGACCAAAGCUGAACUCACUCCACUGGGGAUUUUCUACAACAACCGAGUUCAUUCAAACUUCAAGGCGGGUCUUUUUAUCGACAAAGGGGUGAAGACAAGCAACAGCAGCGCUGCAGAUCCCCGCGAGUAUCUCUGCCUCGACAACAAUGCCAGGUUUCGUCCCCAUGAAAACUCGGACCCGACCAAGCUGCGUGUGGCCGCUCUCAUCGACACGCUGAUCUCCUUUAAGAACAACGACCUCGGCGCCUGGAUUCGUGGCGGUGACAUUAUCAUAAGGAACUCUGGAUUUGCUGACAAUGGUGUUGGACUGUCGUUUGCAAGUGAUGGCAGUUACCCUAAAGACGUGGGCUCCAGUCAGGAAGUGUCCGAGUCUCUGUUUGUGGGCGAGAGCAGAAACCGCGGCACCAACGGAGGACAGAAUAAAUACUGGGGUGUUGGAGGAGUGGACGGCACUCUCAGGACUCUGCCCCGAAACAAGACGUUCCCCAUCCGUGGCUUUCAGAUCUAUGAUGGACCUCUGCGGCUGAUGAGGAGCACGUUCAGGUCAUACACACCGACCCCAGAGCGCUUCACCACUGCCGUGGGCUUCAGCCUCAAAAACGCCUGGCAGCUCACACCAAGGAACAAUCUAUCUUCACUGUCCUUCCUGCCCAGCGUGACUCUUAGAGCAUUCUUUGGCCGUCCUGGUCAGUGGUUUGAGGACAAUGACUUGGACGGAGACAAAAACUCAAUCUUUCACGACCUGGAUGGCUCAGUGAGCGGCUACCCCGACACAUACGUAGUGAGAGCAGACAACUUCCUGCUCCAACACCGUGAGUGUGUGAAGGUGCUCCAGUGGAAUGGGUGCGUGUGCAGUGGCCGCUACGCUCAGGUGUAUGUAAAGACACAAGGCGUGCCCAACCUGAGCCUGUCGAUCAUCAGGGACGACUAUCCUGAAAAGCCCUUGGUGCUGAGGGGCAUUAACAGCCAGACAGCACUCUCGCAGCAGUACCAGCCUGUCCUGAUGCUGAGCAAGAGCUACACACUGCAUUGGAAUGGUCAGGCACCCAAAGAAGUCGUCCUCUUACUUGCCAACUUUGACCCAGGCAACUGGGUGCUUGUUGGCCUCUGCUACCCUUCAGACACGGUUUUCCAGGUGAUGUCCGACAUUUAUGACCGUCAGAACAACGCAUUUGAUGGCAUGGAGGAUUAUGGCCCCGUAUCUUCUCUGGCUGAUCUGGAAAAGCGGCAACAGGACAGGAAGUACUUUUUUGACCGGGACACUGGUUUGCUGUGGUUGUACGCUCGAGCACGGCAUCCCCGUAAUGGCCACAGUUACUGCUCUACCCGAGGCUGUGAGCGGGUAAAGAUCACUGCCACUACAAGCACCAAACAAACAUGUAACUGCACCACUGCUGCUUACCCCAAGUACAGCAAGGAGCCCAGCACACCUGUGCCCAUGCCUGUGCCUGUGCCCGUCACACAGCCCUGCAACAAAUGUGGGGCCUCAAAGCUGGUCUUCUCCAGUGACCCGUGGAACAGCUAUCUCCAAACACAGGUCAAAUCCCUCGGUCUUGCUGAAGAGCUGAAAAAUGACACACAAGCCUUUAUCACUGUAAACACCAAACAAUUUAACCUCAGCACAACUGGCUUCCUCGCCGUCACUGUAGACGCCUGCACUGGAAAUGUCAUCAAACAUAUGGUCUUUCUAAAGCAAGACUCCACAAUGGUGCAGUAUUUCAAAGCUGGAAUUCCAGCACGGUCGAUUGUUCUGCUGGCCUCAAGAGGACAACCUGAUGGAUUUGCUGGUGUAGCGCAGCACCUUGUCCCUUUGGGAGCAGCCAAAGUGGCAGACCUGCAGGGGAAAGAAUCUCUGUCAUUUUUUGGCUUCCAAGGAGCAUCAUCACCGCCAUCGUGGGUUUCCCUCCUGAUGAAUCAGGGUAAAGAGGUUGUGGAAAAAUAUAUACCGCUCUCCCUAGAUGAAUACUUGUGCUCCCCAGACACAGAGCCACCGCAACGGAAAGAUCUAGAACUGCUGAGGAAAGCUCGGAAUUAAGACCUUACAAUGUGAACUCAACAGGCAAAAGACUGAAUGUGAAUUUAUGAACUUUAUUUAUUUAUGGUGAACAAAACACAUUUGGGGUAUUUUAUAGAGUACACUGUGUUUGUAUGAGAGAGAGAGAGUGAGUCUGUGUUUUGUCUCGCUGUUGUCCUUUUUGAUGAUUGUAUUUUGUCCCUAGUCCAUGGCACCCAGUGUUGCACUUUUAGGAAAUUCAACAGAACUAUCAGCAGGAAAGAUCCAAAUCAAAUUAUACAGCAAAAAUAUGAAAAAUCACACUUGAAUGCUUAAGGAAGGAGUGUAAAUGCAGAAGCUAAACAUUUCAACAGACUAAAGAGGUGGAAAAAUUGAUAAACUCACCACCAGUAGAAAAACAAACACUGAACGAGUGCAAAGCAAACACUUGCUCAGAAGACAAGCAGGACAAAGGCUUAAGCAUCCAAUCAAACAAACAAACAAAAAAAACACAUUACACAGAUCGUUUUAAGAAAGAGUAUGGAGCUGGUUUGUUAGUGUUUUCAGUUAGGAUUCAGUUGAAUUUAGCCGUAAACCUGUUUUAGGAAUCUGUCAAACACUAGAACAUGGAAACUGUUCCAAACAGACGACGUUUAAAGAGUAUCAUGUCUGCGGAUGGGGAUUUUUACUCUGAAAAAGGGCUGCAACAGGGCUGAUUUUCAAGUGUGCGAUAAAUGUGAUAGAAAAAUGUAUUGUUGGAUAAAGUUAGCAGUGUUAUCUCCAACAUGCAGCUAGAAAUUGUAUUUAGUUUGCACAUUAAUCGCUACACUGUUCCUGCAGAUCAACCUGAAAACAGAAUUGCCCAAUCCAACACAACAACAGAUCCGAGUUCUGCUGUUCCUGCAAAUCCAAGCUAAUAGACACUAAUUAUUAUGUAGAAUUAGAUUUAUUAUUCAGAGUGCAUCCUAAAUAGCUGGGUGGAGUUGACUGAUACAACUGCGACUCCCAUGUUGACAGCUAAUGAUGAUUUGUGACCUGAACUGGUGAUCACUGACUCGAUGGCGGGUUGACAAGAAGGAUACAAAACUCUGGAGAUGUCAUUUAAAAAGUUUAGCUUAUAAUAAUGGUCUUACAUCCAUGUGUUAUUUUAGUUAAAGAUGCCAACCCAUAGAAGAGAAUAUGGAAGUCGACCUGCUUAAACUGAGCUGCAAAAGCUGUUGAAUUUUAACCUGAUCACUGAAACGUGUAGAGUUCAUUAGAGCUCUCACAACGGAGCUGGGGACUAAUAAACAGAGCGUCGAUUUCUAUACAGCUGUCUUACUAGAAGCUAAUUAGGUUACUAAGUAAACAACAAAUAAGAAUAAAUAAUGCUCACUAGUGAUGAGUUACUGCAGUAUUUAUUCAAAUGGAUGUGAUCUAUAACUCCUCAGUCAAGCACUAGUAUUUUCAAUAGAACCUUAAACUCAUUACUGUAUCUAAACAUGAUGUUCAGGUUUUAUUCAUUCAGUCAUCGUUUUCAUUUCCUGCGUUUAUUUAUUAUUCCAUGUGUCAUUUCUUGUCAGAUGUUUCAGUAUUGCUGCUCAAAAAACCUUUUUACACACCCAAUAUACCGUAUAGUAUGUGCUGAUAUUAUAUUUCAGAUCCUGAUCAUUGCCAAAAGGUUUUCAUUUUAAAAUAUCAAUCUGUUCUGUAUUUAACUUGAUCAAUUGAUCACUUUGGUCAAAUUAGGAAUUUUAAAAGACAGCUGUCUAUAUGCUUAUUUUAUUUUAUUUAUAAUAUUUUUUUUAAAGCCACCCAUCCAGGAAGUGAUAUGCCAAAUAAUUAAAAUGUUGUGGACCGGUGUUCACUUACAUUAUACCAGCUACAGCCACUGGUCGUUUUCUCACCAGCUUCUCAUUUUUCUCUCUUGAUGUUGAGCGAAAAAAACCCAUAGCUCGUCAUGUUACUGAGAAACAGCAAAGCACUAACAGUUACAGUUUGACCUCCGUGCUGGCACUGGAGACUCCUUAACUGUGAAACAAAUGUCUCCUUACAUAAAACCUCACCUUAGAAACAGCCACAUAUUCUGCUUGUUAAAGAAGUGUUUUAAUGAACACCUUCUGACCAAUCAGAUGUGAAUGAGAAUUCAGCAGCGAUAGUGUAGAAGAUUUUAGAACUGAUGAUCUAUAAACAGCUCAGCUUCACAUUGUGCUCGUGCCAGACCUGAAAUAAACACAGAUUCAGUGCCUAAGAACGAGCACGUCACCCUUCGGAUGUUUUCACUGUUCCUUUUAUAUUAAAAUAAAUGCCAAAUUGUCUGUUUUUAAGGGAAACUGCCUGUUUGUUAACCACUGUACUGUUAAAACAGUUUUUUGUUGGAUGUUGUAUUAAGGUGUUGGGUUUAUUACUGGUGUUUUUCAGUGGUGGAAAGAAACUCACAACACGUCUGAGGGCUUGUGAUCAUAUACAAGUGCCUUUUGCCUUUAAGUAUUAUUUUAUAUUAUGUUCAAAGUUUCUGUUUUCUAUAGUAUUGCUUCUUGUGAUAAAUUUUGAUAAAACAUUUAUACUUUC